GGCGCUGAUUUCAAUUGGUGGUGCAAUUUGUAUAUAGGACAUUUAUUGUCUGGGACCAAAGAAUAAACCGGAGAGGCUCCGGGCACUCAGAAACCUUGGUAAUGGCAAUGGACAUACUUAAUUACCCAAGAACAAUGCAAUCGGGUCUAACCAAUAUGUCUGGUACCCAAUACUUACCACUUUCAGGAAGCCACCAGAUAAAGGAUGUUCAGCUUAAGUUUAAUCGGGAUGUUACGACUCACCCUGCUAACUUGGCUGCCCGGUUUUCCAAUCCAAGUCCAAUUAUAAUAGAGAAGUUACAUACGUCUCAUCAGCAACAAGAAGAGAAUUUACCAGACCAGGUUAGUUUGAAAAAUUCCUCCUCAUCUGUGCUUUUCUCAGCUGUAUCAGCUGAACGUUUGAACCUUGCUGUCCAACUUGCCAAAAGAGAUGUGAAGCGGAAUCACAUUGUGGAGAAACAAACGAGGUCAAGCUUGGGUAAUUCUUCUCCAUCAAAAAAGGAACUAAAGCACAUGCCUGAAAAAGUGAAAUCCUUACAGAGACCCCACAAGGAAAGCAGAAAAGCAAAAAAUGCAUCGGCAUUAGAAGUUACCAGGUCAGGUGCCCUGGUUUAUGUCUAUACCCCAGAGAAAGUCCAGAUGCAUCCAGUUAUGUCAGACUCUCCGCCAACCCACGAUCCAGGACCAGGGAGAACUAAAGUAGAUGAACUUGAACAUGAGGUGAAACGUCUGCAAAUAGAGCUUCACACUUACAUGCAAAAAAUUGAAGAACUGGCGAGGAGAGAACACAAUGGUGAAGUGUUGGAUCCAAAUGAAGCAGCCAGGGGACGAGUCCGACAAAAGGAACGCGCAACACGCUCAGCUAGAAUGCUUUAUACCCUCCAACAACAGGUGAAAGAAAUACAAGAGGAUUUAGAGCACCUCAGCCCUCAGAAAAUAAAGCACACAAAGAAAUCUCAAACUAUGUCCAGGUUGGCAGCAAUACACAGAGGUGCUAUUCGUGCUCUCCAGAUGUUUGUUUCUCAGCUGAACGAACGGAGUGAUCUUCAGAUUCCAGCUCUCUACAAGGAACUUGGGCAUCUAAUUCGCCAGUUGUCACUUUGCACUGCCAAGGUAGAGACUGGCAGCGACCCUGUAACUUCAAACCUCAUCAUAUCCAUUCUUCAGCAAGUAGAGGAUUUAGAUACCCUUCUGGAAAGCAAGAUGGCCACCCGCAUCAGAAAGCCUGCUAGUAGAUCUCCCAUCUCCCGCGAUUGUGCAUUACAGGCUGGCUCUCCCAGAAGGGAGACUAAGGUUGCUGUCCCUGUCUUUAAGCAGCGAGAACCCAGUGGAGAUAAAUGGAAAGGUGUAAGAAAGAGCCUUGACUUUGACAAACCACAAGAUCGCCUGACUGCAUCGACCCAAACAGAUCAUAGACCACCAGACGACCCACCCACCCCUGAAAGAAGAGCAGCCCUUAAAUCAGGGCUGGAGGCUUUAAUACAAGCUGGUGGAUUAAAGGAUUUAGCCAGAAGAGAUGUUGGACAGGGACAAUACAGGAGUAAGGGAGUUUUGCUUCCUCAGAGACCACAGUAUUACGUUUUGAAACUUUUUCCCCCAAGGGUUGAAAUGGGUGUUAACAUAGUGCUCAUGAGCCCACCUGUCCUAACCAAUGUACUUAACGUGAUGAAAUAUCAGGACAUUGUUCGUCAGAGGUUUACUCAGAUUGCAUACGCAGAUCCUGAAUUCUGGGCCCAGGAGGAAAAAGAUAGAGCAAGUGCAGUCAUAGACCAGAGGCCAAGGUCUCCUCACCCUAUCAGGAUUACUAAAUCUGCAGAUCAGAGGGACCCCAUAGUGGAUAUACUGUUGGAGGAACCUCAGGAAGGAGAUUCUUUCCAAAUUAGCAAGGAAGAGAUGGCUAUCGGUUCUCCACGCCCUUUUCCACUGGCCAAGCCUGUGCCAAAUGAACAACAAAUAUGCAUCUCUGUGCCAACAAAUAUGCUGCGCAGUAUUCACAAGUACAAGGAUCAAUUUGACAGACACCUCAGGCUGACAUCCCAUGAGGAGGUUGGCAGCUUUAAUCCAUGGAACAUUUUAGAAAGCCUGGCAGAGGAGAUCAUGGAAGAAACCCUGGAGGACGUGGCGAUGGAGCUUCAAGAGGCGUGUGAGAGUUAUGCUGAAGCAAUAUUUACUUCAGAGUUCCUAGAACCUAAUGAAACAAACUCCAACAUUAACAACUAAUACUCCUGCAUUUAAAGUUGCAUGAUUCAAUUAAUACCAGGACUUUGUUUGUUUUCUCUCCCCCUAAACUGGUUCAGCUAUAUAAAAGUGUAUUUUUUACUGCAUUUUAUGAUCGACUGCAGCAAAUGACUCAUUACAUUAAUUUUGAUUAAUUUUCUUUGUACAUAAUUGUUAGUAUUUAUUUUUAAUAGUCAUAAUUGAUUUACAGCUUGCUCAUAGUGUGAUGCAGAGUAAUUCAUUCACACUGCUUGAUGUAUGACAGGUGGUUACAUUUUAAAUAAUUACAUCUCAUAUUCAAGGAACCGUUACUGUUAACGGCCAUCGACUGACUGAAGGCCCAGAAUGGCAAAAAUAUAGAAGGGACAUUUAAGUUAUUUUUUAAAAUGUAUGUAUCCAGAAUGAAUCACUGCAUUGCAAAAGCUCUUCAUGCAAAUGAUUAAAAAAAUAUUUUCUCAGC